CGUGAGAGGCAGAGAGUGUAACCCCACGGUCGCACCGCCACCCGUGCGUCGUCGUAAUUAAAAUGUGACUCGGGGUAGCAUAGUCACGGGGAUAGUCGUGCGAGAGUGUAGAGAAGAUUAGCCGUGUUUUUAGGCAAGAGUAUAAAAAUAUAAUAGUGUAAGUAAGAUUUAUCCGGGGAUACGUGCAACGGGGUCUCCAUCGAGAGAAAGACAGAGAGAGAGAUAGAGAUAGAGAGAAGUGACACACAAGGGAGGAAGAUCAAGUGACGGAUGGAUAAUACGGCUGGGUAAGAUCAAAUACCCUCGAUCAUCGGCCCAGUGAUCUUGCAGAUAUCUCGGGGAUCGUUGUUGCGAACAAAUACAUAUCAUUUUAUCCUAGUUGCAGAGAGUGAGAUAAAGAGAUAACGAGAGAAAAGAGAGAGAGAGAGAGAGAGAGAGAGAGGGAGAAAGAAUCGAAGCGAUUAACGAACGUUGUCGCGAGCUUAAUGAGGAUACAUGGAGAGAAGGAUAGAGAAAGGGAGAGGAAGAAACGUUGCGAAUUCCAUUGAGAUGCAUAUACAAAUACACAAGUAGAUAGAUAGAUAUAUGUAUACGACACACAUGCGCAACGCGAGACGUGUGAGUGUACUUGGCUCGAGGAUCGUCACCGUCACCAUCGUCGUCGUCGUCGUCGUCGCCGUCGUCGUCGUCCGGCGUCUCUUUCCGGCCCGAGGAUUCAGACUAGCGAGGAUCACUUGAGGGAAUUCCGGAAGUGCCUGACGGAGACCGCGCGCGAGAAAGGGAUUCCCUUGGCCGCGAAUGCGAUCGCGUCCGCGAGCAGAUACACCACGCAUCAUCGUCGUCAUCGUCGUGAACUGUGAUUCUUUGUGCCGUUCGACAAGGGGUUUUGGGACAGUGAUCUGCGACGAGACGGGGUAGAUAGGCAGACAGGAAAAAUGAAGCUCGAUCUGGACCGGGAGAAGGGCCUCGAGCUCUUUGGCAAGCUGAUACGUACAAAGAACAUCGAAAGUCUGCAGGGUAAUCAGCCCAAAACCGGUCCCGAGCCACUUCAUCCAGCCGAUUCCAAGCAGAAAUUACAGAAGUGCCUGACGACUCUGGACCUGACGUCUUUAGGAGUUGGCUCCUGCGUCGGGACAGGGAUGUACCUUGUCGCAGGAAUGGUGGCGCGCAGCGUUGCCGGACCUGGUGUCGUCAUCUCAUUCAUAAUCGCAGCCAUCGCUUCCAUUUUUUCCGGGGCGUGUUACGCCGAGUUUGGAGUACGAGUGCCUCAUACGACCGGCAGCGCUUAUAUGUACAGUUACGUGACAGUAGGCGAAUUAAUAGCAUUCAUUAUUGGAUGGAAUAUGGUGCUGGAGUACCUUAUAGGUACGAGUGCGUGUGCGUGCGCCCUUAGCGCCUGUCUCGACGCAUUGGCGAACGGCGCGAUUUCCGAGGCGAUAGCCAGCAGCGUCGGCACCAUACUUGGACGGCCACCAGAUUUUCUCGCAUUCGUCAUCACGAUACUCAUGAUGCUGCUAAUGGCGGCUGGCGUGAAGAAGUCUCUGGUGUUCAAUAACGUGUUGAACGCCAUCAAUCUCGCCGUCUGGGUCUUCGUCAUGGCGGCGGGCAUGUUUUAUGUGGAUUCCAACAAUUGGUCCGAGCACAACGGUUUUCUUCCUUAUGGCUGGAGCGGGGUUUUCACCGGCGCGGCGACGUGUUUUUACGCCUUCAUAGGCUUCGACAUAAUAGCCACUACUGGUGAGGAAGCGACAAAUCCGAAGAAGAGUAUCCCGCUCGCCAUAGUCUCAUCAUUGAUCAUAAUUCUCGUUGCUUACGUUACCAGCAGCAUGGUGUUGACACUAAUUGUUCCCUAUGACCAGGUCGAUCAGGAUUCAGCGUUAGUGGAGAUGUUUGGUCAAGUCGGGGCCUACAAGUGCAAGUACAUUGUCGCGGUCGGUGCACUGGCGGGCCUGACGGUCUCCAUGUUUGGCAGCAUGUUUCCAAUGCCUAGGAUAGUCUACGCGAUGGCUCAGGAUGGCCUUAUAUUUCGGAGCCUCAGCCAUGUCUGGCCCGCGACUGGCACUCCCGCAAUCGCCACUCUAACUUCCGGCAUAUGCGCCGCAUUUGCUGCGCUGCUAAUCCAGUUGGAGGUGUUGGUGGAAAUGAUGUCGAUCGGUACGCUGCUAGCGUACACCCUAGUGUCUACCUGCGUGCUGAUACUGCGGUAUCAGCCGCACUCGACAAAUCUGGUCGAAUUGCUGCCUCAGAGUCUGAGGACCCCGUGUCGAUCGCCCACGAAGGAGACGCAGGGGAACGGUCAAGUAUCUUAUGGCAAGGAGCUCAGGCCCGAUCAGCUUACGACCGCGUUGAAUUCGGUUCAGGCAUCCCAGUCGGAGCUCACAACUACAAACAAUGGACAACGCAUUACGGUGCGGCGAGUAAGAAGAUGCAACAGCUCGUCGCCGGAUUCGGACGACACGUACGGCGGUGAGGAGGACGACGUAGGACUAGGUAAGGACGACCAGUAUCUCGUCAGCGACCGGACGGAGAAUAAAUUCUACGGCAGCGUGCACGCGGCCGCGGCAGCCUCGAGUUGCGGUAGCGCUCAUCAGUAUCCCGGAAACACGCCGAUCAUAGGACCGCCGUUGAAUUAUCUACAGCGUCGGCUUCAGGCGGCGCAAUAUCUUUGUCCUGCUAUAUUCCCAUGGGUGGACAGAGGUCCUGCGACAGAAGCCUCAGGACGUUAUGUCAUGAAGCUUGUUGGGAUCUUAUACUUAUUGAUCCUUAUCUUUGACUUGAUUAUCGUCUGUGGGAUGGGUAAUAUGGGAACGUUCUCAACGAUAUUACUAUUCGUCUUUCUCUUCGCCAUAAUCGGUAUACUUCUCGCCAUCAGUAGAAAGCCGCAAAAUAGGAGCAGCGUAAUGUUUAUGACUCCGGGCUUACCCUUCGUCCCCGCCAUCGCCGUUACCGUCAACAUUUAUCUCAUUUUCAAGCUCAGCAUCCUCACCUUAGUCAGAUUUACGGUGUGGAUGAUUCUAGGUUUUAUCAUGUACUUCUAUUACGGCAUCAAGCACAGCAGUUUGGAGGAGGCGAACGCGUCGGAGAACGUCGACGACAUCGUCGUGGGUGGUACGGGCGGCAAUAUCGAGCUUACCGUCACCGAUCAUCAUCAGCAGUACACGACACCGGAUCGUAGCAUCUACGAGGGCCAACAAUUGGACGCGUUUGGCCAGCCAGUAUUCGGCAGCACGAACUUUGGCGGCACGCCAAAUCAGCAACAGCAGCAGCGUAUCGGCGGAGGCUACCAGCAGAGGCAAACGGCGAGCGGCCACCGCAUCGACCAAACUGCGCCGACGACGACGACCUUGUUCAUCGAUCAGGAGACCUUCCCCAGCUGGGACGAUUGAGGAGCGUCGUGCGCGAUGCCGAGCGGAUAUUAAUGUAUACAUAACACAUGAACAGAAAAGAGAGAGAGAGAGAGGUAUAACACAACGCCUGACGAAUAUGUUCGCGCGCGUGAUUGGCAUCGGAUGAUGAUCACCGGUGACAUUAGACCCUCCGGAGAUUGCGAUGAUUUUGGAUUUGAUUUCGAAUUUUGACGGCUGCGCGAGAUCUUUUUUUGAACGCGACGAGCUUUCAACGAACGAUUAUCGAGAGUUGCGAGUUGUACUUGAAAUAUGAAUAAAAAGAUCUUCUAAAGAUAUUUUUAAAACAUGACAUAAUGGUUAUUGUUGAUUAAUAAAUGUUUAAUAAAUUAUAUUUGAGAUUAAAAAUUUGGUAUUAAUUUUAGCAAUGAAAAAAUUGAUAAAUUUUUUGAAAUUCCUGUAGUUUUUUUCAUCUGAGAGAUGAAAUGAAAUAUAAGGAUGAAUUUUUGUACGCUGAAAAAAAUGUACUAAAUAAAAAAUUGUUUUCUUAAAUACUUGCAAAGAGAGGAAUUGAUUAUUUCAAUUAAAAGCAGCAAACAUAUUGGAAUUAAUAAUAAUAAAAGCGCAAUAUGCUUUUAUUUGCAAAUAAAUAAAAGAAAAAAAAAACAUUAAUUUUUGGCUGCUUGUUUCUAGAACACAGAUUUUCUUUAUCUUAAUAAAUAAUUUUUUAUCUUCAAAUAUAAAUAUUUUUUUUAUAUUAAAACUUUAAAUAAUGCAUUUUAAACAUUAUAAUUUUUAUUAUAUGCAAGUAAUAAUUUAUUUAAUAUAACAAAGCAUUUUUGAAAGCAAAGUAUACAUUUAUUUACAUAAAAAAAUCCAAAUUCAAAUGUCGUUAUUUAAUUUAUUUGAUUGAAAAGAUUUUUAUUUUUAGUAUACAAAUGUUCAUUUGAAAUAUUUAUUUGACAUAAAUAUAUGUUGACUACAAUAAGUUGAAUUUUGAAUACGAGUUUAGUCACAUUCCUUUUCUCAAAGUGAUAAGAUCAUUGAGAAGAUUUGAUCGAUGUACGUCAGUCGAGAUCAAAAUCCGCGAUACUCCGAGGGUCGGACUUGUUGACUACUUUGGGAUGAAUGUAGGAAAUAAUUUUGCGGCAAUAUUUAUUAUUCUAGUUGUAUAGUAUCGUCGUUGACAGACGAGAAGAGAAAGAGAAGGAGAGAAAGAGGAAAGGGGGACGCGACAUACCAAAAGAAUAAAAAGGGAUGAGAGAGGGGUGAAGGGAGGAAGAUGGAGAGACCAUUACCAUUAGUAGUAUAAGGCGAAACUUGUGUUUUCCAAGACAGCGUUCUAACUGCAAACAUAAGUUCAAAUUUAUCGCUAGUUCCGAGGCGAAUGCGAGACAAGAGUGACAGUGUCGUCCGGAGCGAAAGGGUGACUGAAAGACACGAGAGAAUGAGAGCGAGGAAAAAAAAAAACGAGAGACAAAAGGGGAACGAGGCGUGCUUGAAAGAAUAAUGAAGAGAAAGAGAAUAUGUUCGUGCGAGUCCGUAGAAGAGAACACUUUAAUUGAGGAAUUAAGAAAGAAAAAAAAAAAAAAACACAAAAAACAGAAACGUCAUCUCUUGCCUAACUUUAGUCUUUCCCUCCCAAAAAGCAAAAAAAAAAAACAAGAA